AGAGGGACAAUGAAAACCAUGUGCUAUAAAUAGCGAAGCGAAUAUGAUAGGGUCUCUCAUGGAAGGAAACGCUUAGAAGAAAGUGUGAGAAGAAAAACCUGAGAGUAAGAGGGUCACAAUUUUCACAUAAACACAGCACAUUCAUUCAUUUAUUGAUUCAUUCGUUUUAUUCCAUUCAUUCAUGAUCCUUCUUCCAAAAGCUCCUUAAUUUCAUGCUCUUCUUCUUCCACCUUUUGCUUCCACCGUUUCUUUUGUUUGUGUCUGAGAGAGUGUGUGUCUUGUGUUGUGCUGUGCUGUCCCCAAACAUAAACUUACCCACAUAACUCUCUCUCUCUCUCUCUCUCUCUAUGCUGAGGUAAUUCCUGAAAUCCGUGCCCGUUUCUUUCUUUUGCCAAAGUUUGCAAAUUUUUCUCUUGUGUUGUGCCUCUGCUCUGUUUGCAACCACCCCUUUCCAAUUUCCUCUUCUGGGUCCUUCUCUUUUUCCUCUCUUGACAUGGCUAAUUGGAGAAAACAACAAGGUCAGAGUCAUCAUCAUGUGGGUCACUGGCGAUCCCCCUCUUAUAACAGAAAGCCACCGUUGGGAAAUUGGCAAUCAACAGUGCCAGCUUGGGAGAAAAAGUUUUGUUCGUCUAUCGGCUCGGUUCCAUGGCGGAAGCUAGUAGAGAGCAAAAGGUAUAUGCAUUUGUUUGAACAUAUAGUCAACUGGGAUGACACUGCUGGAAAGGAGGCUUUUGACAAUGCGAAGGCGAGGUAUUGGGCUGAGAUAAACGGCCUCCAAUGCAACUUAUCGUUGCCUGAUCCAGACAUGUACAUAGACGAUGUGGACUGGGAAGCAAGGCUUGACCCUGAACUCUAUGAGGACUUGGAAAGUGAAGCAAAGGCCCCCAUUGAGGAAGUCAUAAAUGAGGUUGUGCUUCUUGGUGGCUCCCUAUUCGUUAAUGAGCAGAGAAUUCCACCUACUGGGUGGGGGGAUGACGAAGCCGAAGCUUCAAAGCCUUUUGUUCCAAACACUGCUUUCCAAGUUUGGCAUCCAAAUCUGCAUGCAAGUAAUUUAGUAGCAGAAUCUGGACAGCAACAGUAUUAUGCUCCUGUUGAUUAUUCAAAAGGAUAUGAAUGGCAACAUUUUAGGAAUGACCCUUGGAGAGGGAACUAUAGGGAGCACUAUGGAAGAGGAAGACAUGGUGGGAAUGGUAACUGGGGUGGAACAUGGGAAGGGUACAACAGAAGGAGAGAAAGCAUGCCAUGGUCCAAUAAUGCAUAUAAUGGUAAUGAGUAUCAUAAUGUGAAUAGGGGAAGAAGAAACUAUAGAGGUGGAGGAGGAGGAGGAGGAGGAGGACGUAGGGGAAAUUUUGUUUAUGUGCCCAAGGAGGUUCCUUCUCCUGCUGCUAUGUAAAUGAAUAUAAAGGCCAAGUAUCAAAGACCUUAGACUGCAAGGACUCCAAUGAAACUGCUGUGGGGUUAGUUUUGUUUUGUGAAGAUAGCUGAAGAACAAAGUUUUGUCUGUUAUGUUAGUAAAUAGUAAUAUAAUGUAGUGUUAUAAGAGGAAGGAACUGAGUUUUCAAUUUUAAUACUUUUGUAUGAAAGAGUUAUGGUAUAUUUUGUGGAGUUUAUAGGUUAAGAAUAGUCCCUACCGUGCUGAUAGGUUUGUGUACACAGAAAAUAUCCAUAGACAAUUUUAAAUGAAGCUAAAUUGUUCAUUUUCGUCUC